CGUUUUAUUUUAUUUUUUAAUGUUUAUUUUAGGAGUCACUGAAUAUCUGUUUAAAUAUUCUCGGUUCUCAGUUAGUUAAUCAGUUAUAUAGCUGAUUAACUGGUAGAUUAUUCCUUUAGUUUAAUGGUUAUGAUGAUUGGAGAAUUAUUCAUGAUUACAUAAUUUCGACUACUAGGUGAUGAAUUACAUUUGAUUUGUUCGCAGAUAGAACAGCUGUCAACUCGCGAACUGUCGAGAGUCGACGCAGAUCGUCACUCGUCAGUGUCCCGCAAGGCGUGAGGAGUGAAGGGUGAAGUCGCUGCUGUUGGAUGAUCACCAGCAGGAAUUGCUCACUUGGCUCUCCCUUCUGCCAUCGUCACGCUGCGCGUCUGCGCCGUACGCUAGGAACUGAACUGACACCGGGAUAGUCAUUCAUAUUGUGACCAUAACGGUUAUUUGAUGUUAGCUUCUGUAAAGAAAUAGUGAAUGACAUCAUAACCCUUCUGCCUGGAUGCGACUUGACCACGUUUCGCUAUAUACUCUGAUCAAUUCCAGACGACAGUUCUUAGGUUAAGUCGUGCGUUUGACAAGAGAAAAGUCUAUUAGAAAACCCUGUAAAUAUAUCAUAUAUCGAAAUUAUAUCGAGAAGAAUGAGUGACUAUUUGUCCCCAAGAGCAGCAGAUGCGUCAUGCAUCACAAACGAUGACAUCAACGCGUUGAAGUUUUUCAUGGCGGUGCGAGCUACCGGUCCUGUGGCCAAGCUAUUCGCAGCUGUUUUCGAAAAAUAUCGCGAUCCUGAAUCAAAAAUUAUCGAGGAUUUUUUUUGUUCUGAAAAGUGCAAAGUGAAACUCACUGAAAAAGAAAGAUACGCGAUACAGCGCGACACUCUGCAAGAUUGUGACAUCACGUUGCUGUACAAGCUCCUUCAGACAUGCAAAAGCUUGGGUUCGGACACCAACUAUAAGGACCAACCCCCAGGCUCUAUUCAAAAUAGUUUGUAUCUCCUGAAAGAAAAGCGCAACUUCUUCUGCCAUGAAGUAGUGCGAUUGUCAGAUGAUAAACUUGACUCAUUUAUGACGAACAUCAGCAAACUUUCAGCCAAAGUCUGUGACCAGGCAUCACUUGAUGUAGCUCUCAAGAAAGAGAUCCUAAAUGAGUUGAAACACAUCCGCGAUUCCCCUAUACCGCAGUCUGAAAUUACUGGAUGUUAUGAUCAGAUUGAAGAAUGCAUCCAAGAAGGUAUCCUGGCGGACAGCAUUGAAGAGCUGAAGGAGAGAUACAGCAGAAUGCGCGUUAUAUCUCCCAUUACGUGGUUUUCCAACAACGAUUUGCAGCAACUCACCAUCGACAAGGUAUUCACCAAAUUCACUAUGAGUCACAGCAGCACCAGCGUUGACAUAGGAAAAGUUUUCGUGGUUAAAUACGACCACGGAGCCGACUGUUCAACAGUUGUCAUCACCGGCAUUGCAGGUUCUGGUAAAACAUCGCUGUGCAGGUUCAUCAUUUACAGCUGGUCAGGACAAACCGGCGAGGUGGAGAAGCUGGACGACUGCAAGCUGCUGAUUUUAAUAGAUUGCCGAAAUGUUUGUUCGGAUGGCUUCGCUGCUUAUAUCAAAGAACAACUGCUUCCGAAUUCGUUCGCCGAGGUACCUAAAGAUGAAGUCAUCGGGAUUUGCCGGAAAGCGAAUCCCUUGUUCGUGUUCGAUGGUUACGAUGAAGCAGAUGAAGCGGCACGGAAUCUCAUUAAGGAAAUUCACCUCAAAUUUGAAUCUUCCAAGAAAAUCAUCACGUCAAGACCUCACAUCUAUUCAGAACUGUCAGCCAGCAUUGGGGGGCAUGACAGUCCAAUGCUACAAUUGGAAAUAAAUAGAUUUGACUGGCGUUGCAUCAAGGCUUUUUCUCUUAAUCUAUUUUCUGUACUAGGAAAGGCAUCCGAAACAGAAAACUUCCUCAAAUUCAUUAAGCAACGGAAGAAAAAGCUACAAUCCAUCAUCAGCCUGCCGCUGACUCUGGCUCUACUCAUUAUGCUUUGGAUCGACGAUAGCUCCAAGAUUGACGAGUUAUCUUCGGAGUGCCAAAUCCACGUCGAGAUUAUCAAGAUGAUGAAGCGUCGAUUGUCUAGGAGACUUGCUGAUAAUCCUAACGUAACUUCGAAUGUCAUUGAUAAUUUUUUCCACUGUUUGGGAAAGAUUGCUCUAAAAGGCAUUGCAAAGCGACGACUCUUCUUGAAGGAACGGCACAUAGAAUUUCUUAAAACCGAGUUUGAUGAAAUCUUAGAUAAUUUUAAGGUCGAAGACGCUAUGUCCUCCAUCCUGCAGUGCGACACAAGCAUCACCCUUUCUAGCUGCGAGAAGAUUUGGUCCUUCAUCCACACCACGCAACAGGAAAUGAUGGCGGCUCUCUACAUCGUCAAAGAAUUCGAAGAAGAUGGAACUUUUGCUAAUUGCUUGUCGUCGUUAGAUGUAGAGAGUGAACAAAUGAAAAACGUCAUCCUAUUUACGGUCGAAAUUUUGAAUAACAACGAUUCGUUGACUAAAGAAAGCGCCAGGUUCAUCGCUCCAGAGUUCCCCUUGUGCCCAGAAGAUAAAAAAAUCUUUAUUAGUUCUAUCCUCAAACUUAUAUAUGACAAUAAAUUUUGUAUUAAAGUAUUCAUAAAAAGACUUGGCAACAUAACUGAAACUAAACUAAACUAA